GAGUGAGUGAGGGAGGGGGGACGCCAGCGUAACAUCCCCACGCAAUCUCUCCUUCUCUCUCCUCCACAGACGAGAAAACAAGGGCAACGCUCCCUUCGUCAUUUGCCAGCCUUCUCUUUUGUGUGCGUGUGUGAGUGUGUCUUUUCUUCCCACCUCCAUCUUCUGUCACCGGGAGGUUGAGGUCCUGUUUAGCCGAGGCUGGGGCGUGAGAGGCGGAUGCUGUGCGAGGAAGGCUGUAGGUAUACCACGACAGGAACAACUCUUCAGCCUUCACCACGAUGGACAGAAUGAAAUUUCUCUCCUUCCUCUUCCUUUGCUUGACUUCGGUUGCCAGUGGCAACAAAGCUAAUAAGCACAAGCCAUGGAUCGAGACCGAGUACCAGGGCAUCGUCAUGGAGAACGACAACACCGUGCUCCUCAACCCACCACUCUUCGCCCUGGAUAAAGAUGCCCCACUGCACUACGCCGGUGAAAUUUGUGGCUUCCGGGUACAUAACGGGCCCUCGGGCUCAGGUUCGGUCCAAUUCGAGGCUGUGGUCCUGGACCGCUCCACAGGCGAAGGUCUGGUUCGUUCCAAGGAGCCGCUGGACUGCGAGAGCCAGCGGGAGCACAGCUUCACCAUCCAGGCCUACGACUGUGGCGAGGGGCCCGAUGGAGUCAACAGCAAGAAAUCCCACAAGGCCACUGUGCACGUACGUGUCAAUGACGUCAAUGAGUUCUCUCCCGUGUUUGUGGAGCGUCGCUAUGAGGCAUCGGUCCCGGAGGGGCGUCUCUUCGACCGUAUCGUACGAGUGGAGGCUCUGGAUGCUGACUGCUCUCCACAGUACAGCCAGAUUUGCUUCUAUGACAUCAUCACGCCCAAUGUGCCCUUUGCUAUUGACAACGACGGUAACAUUAAGAACACUGAGCCGCUGGACUCCAGGCGUCAGCGUGUACACACUUUCUGGGUGACCGCCUUUGACUGCGGCAAGAACCGUGCUCAGGCCGACGCUCAGGUUGCCAUCACGGUCAAGCCGUCUUGCAAGCCCGGAUGGAUGGGUUGGACCAAGCGAGUGGAGUACACACCUGGAUCAGGCAGCAUCCCGCUCUUCCCCAGCUUGCAUUUGGAGACGUGUGAGGAGACCGUGUGGAACAUCCAGGCCACCGUAGAGCUUCAGACCGGCCACAUCGGCAAAGGCUGUGACCGAGACAGCUACUCUGACAGAUCCGUGCGACGACUCUGUGGUGCUGUUCGGGGCGAGGUGGACCUUCUCCCUCCUCCGUCACCUGCAGCCAACUGGACGUCUGCCCUUCCCACACUGCCCUCCUCGGAUUCCUCCUUGGUCUUUUCCUUUAACGGGUCAAAUCACGUGGCUGUGGUGCCCGACUCGGUCGUCUCGGGGCUGUCUGGUGACCAUUUUACCUUGCAGCUGUGGAUGCGAAGGUGGGGAACCAAUGUCCAGCCUGUGGUCGCUCAGCCUAAGGGGACUCGCAAAGAGGAGGAGACCAUCGUGUGUGGCACUGUCAAGAAUGACGACUCGUUCUCCCACUACUCCCUGUCGGUGCAUGGCUGCCGCCUCUCUCUCUUCUACUGGCCCGACGUCUCCGCUGCACGGCCCGUCAAGUUCUUGUGGAAACUGGAGCAGGUAUGCGACAGCGAGUGGCACCACCUGUCUCUCAGCGUCCAAUUCCCCUCGGUAACCCUGUACGUGGACGGUGUGACCUUUGACCCCGCCCUCAUCCAUGACAACGGCGCCCUGCCAAACCCGGUCCCACGUCAGCGGAUGCUUGUCGGCGCCUGCUGGGAGCCAGAGGAGAAGCAGAAGGAGAUAGUGAACAACAGCAUCCCGGAAGUGAAGUACGUGGGAGGUUAUCACGGCCUCUUGUCAGGGGUGACUGUGCGUCCGGGCAGUGUGGAGCCUCACAGCGUGGUGGAGUGUCUGUACGCCUGCAGGGAGGGGUUGGACUUUGGAGACCUGGAGACUUUGGGCUCCGGUAUGAAGGUGCACGUGAACCCGAGUCAGUCGGUGUUGGUGCUGGAGGGAGAUGACAUCGAGAGUUUUAACCGUGCCGUGCAGCAGGUGACCUACAGAAACUCCCUACGCUUCGCCACGCCGGGAGUGCGACCCCUCAAACUCACCACCUCGCUCAGAUGUUUCAACGAGGAGAGCUGUCUGUCCCUCAAGCCCCUGGAAGGGUACUUGGUGGUCCUUCAGCCGGAUGCUCCACAGAUCUCGCUGUCUGGGGUCGGUCCGCAUCUGGCUCGCCCUGCUCCCGAGUUCGAAGGCCCCCGGGGCGUCCCCCUUUUUCCUGAGCUGCGUAUCGUCUGCUCGCUGACUCACGCUGUCAAUACGGCUGCGCAGGGGAUGGAAGGUGGAGCGCUGAUGUCCGACGCCGUAGCCCACACUUUGGAUGGCUGUGAGGUCCAACCUUUGGGGGAGGAACUUGACCCAGAGAGGGAGGAGCUUCUAGUGGAUAUGGAUGUCGUCCGGGAGCGGGGCUUGGAAAUCAUCAAUACUACAGCCUACAUUGCCAUCACAGGUGCUGAAUCCAUCUCUGUGUACGAGGACGUCCUUCGCUCGGUCCGCUACCGACUGUCAAGAAGCUCGUCUCGCUUUGAAAGACGGUUCCGUCUGUCCUGCUCUGAGAUGAAUGGCAGAUACACCAGCAACGAGUUGACUCUUGAGGUGAACUUCCUCCACUCCUUGGACAGUAUGUACCAUCCGUCCCACUUGAUGGCCUCCCAGCAACAGUUUCUCCAUCAACAUGCAGGCGAGCUCAGUGGGCACGCUCUGCCCAGCCAGCAUCGCAACACAGUGGUGCCUGGGGCCGCCACCAUCAUCAUCAUGGUGUGUGUGGGCUUCUUAGUCAUCAUGGUGAUCCUCGGCGUUUUCCGAAUCCGCUCCAUCCAUCGCCGCAGCGAGGAGGCUCGGGAAGCAGCGAAGGAGGGCGGUGGCCAGUGGGACGACUCUGCGCUCACCAUCAUCGUUAACCCCAUGGAGUCGUAUGAGUCUCGCCUGGGCAUCUCUGCUGACACGGAGGGAGAAGGCGAGGAGGAAGAGGAAGAGGAGGUGGCCGAGUCGCCCGACAACACCGGCGACGACCAGCGUAUCAUCUUCAAGAAGGAGGGGAGAGAGGGCAACGCCCGCCGCUACUGAGCGCAUGUAAACCUUGCACCUGUUCUCAUGGAAACCACCGGUCACAACACUUUUAUGAUCAUGUAUGGAAUGUAUACCUGCGAACACCACGCACAACACCUUCAAUGUAAUAUACUCAGCCACACACGCCACACCAUACGUAACCUAUAGCCAACAACGGGGCGCUUGUUCUCCACUUAAAUGUUCAGUGGCACAAUGUAUACAAUGUCAUUUAACAGCCUGAGCCACCUAAAUGAAUUGUGGUGCAUCACAAUGAUAAUGUGUCUGUAUAGAGUGAGCCUGGAUGAAUGAAGCUGCUUUCUUUAAAAAAAAAAAAAAGAUUGUAUUGUACUUGGUUAUUGAACACAAUUGAAAUACUUGCUCUCCACACGCCAACACCUGACUCACAAAGUCAGCGCACAAGCUGUUUCCUCCCCCUUUGCGACCUCUCUCAACACAUUCCGUAGAAAACGUACGUUUUGUAAAGCUUACAUCUAUGAAGGAAUAGUAGCGCCACACUGAAAAACAUAAAAAAUACCAGGAGGAUAAAUGUAUAGAAUUACAAGGAUGAGGUAUUAUAAAAUAUUACUCAAAUAAACUUUAUGGGGAAAAAAGUCGUAAUUUUUAAGAAUUAAUCUUACAUUCUUACGAUUUACUUUUUAUUCUCAAAAACUCAAAACUUUUUUCGUAAUGUUACAAUUUAAUUCAGGGAAUAUAAUUCUGUUAUUCACGUCAUUGUAUUAAAAAAGAUGAUGAUUCUCAUUUUGAUGCAACUUUUUUCAUAAUAUUAUGACUUAUCUCGUAAAUUUUAUUCUUUUAAUGUUGCCUUUUUUUCCCUCGUAACUUUACAACUUUAUUCUCUCAACGUAUUUACUCUCGCAAUAUUACAACUUUAUUCGAGUAACAUGACAACGUUAUUCUUGUAAUGUUGUCGCUUUAGUCUCAUAACCUUACAGCUUCAUUCACUUAACAUUCCGACUUUAUUCUUGCAAUAUUCCUUUUUUUUUCUUGGCCAUCCAGCUUUAUUCAUGUAACAUUAUGACUUUAUCCUCCUAACAUUCUGAUGUGUUACUUUCUUAACUUUAUUUGUGCGUCAUUCCGACUUUGUUUUCGCAAAAAAAUGUCUCGCAAUAUCAUGUAUUAUUGUUGUAACAUGGCGACUUUAUUCAGAUAAAAUGACAACUUGAUUCUCAUAAUGUUACGAUUUUUUUACGAAAUGUUACGAUUUUUUUACGAAAUAUGGCUAUUCUCGCAACAUUUUAUGACUGAAGUCUGAUAACACGGCAACUUUGUUCUUUAGAAACAAUUUCUUCGUAAUAUUACAACUUAAUUGUCGUAACAUUACGACUCAAUCUCAUAACGUGACAACUUCAUUUCCAUAACGUUAUGACUUUUUUUCUCUGGAAAAAUAGGCCUUUUCUGGUAAAAUUGCAUAACACAACUUCUUUCUCAUAUUACGCUUUAAUUUGUGCAACGUGGCAACUUUUUAUUUGAUAAACAAUUUCUUGUAACAUCACAUCUUCAUUCUCGUACCAUUACGACUUUCUUCUUGUGACACGACAACAUUUUGAUAAGGUGCAGACUUUUUCCUCUGGAAAAUAUGACUAUCCUUGAAAACAUUACGACCUCUUUCUCGCAAUGUUACGACUCAAUUCUGGUCACACGACAACAUUUCAUUCUUUAUUAACAAUUUCUCUUACCAUUACGACUUCAUUCUCGUAACAUCACAACUUUAUUCUCGCGACUUGGCAACCUCACUUUAUGCAACCUUACGACUUUUUGCUCAGAAAAAUAUGACAUUACAAACACUUCUUGUAACACUAUGACUUUAUUCCAACGUGGCAACUUCAUUUCUGUAAUGAUAUGACUUUUUUUCUCAGAAAAAUAGGACUAAUGUCGUAACAUUACAACUUCUAUCUCAUAUUACGAGUUAAUUCUCACGGCUUAUUAUGAAGAUUAUUCUAAACACAAACUGGUACUUGGCGCAUUUGGCACUUGGUAACAUCACUUCCUACAAUAAAACUGAUAAAACUGCUGGACUUGACCUCUAAUGCAUCACACAUUGACCUCUGGAAUGUCUCCAAAAACCACACACACACACACACACACACAUGCACACACACCACAACACAACACGACCCCCGCUGUCCCCGGAAUGUCCGCUCAGCUUGGGCAGUUUUGAUUGUAUUGAUUGUAAUGAGUUUUAUGUACAUACAACAAUAAAUACUAUGAUCAUAUUAUUACCAUUAUGAAUUGUUAUUAUUGCAGCAGCCACUUUUUCAGCACAUUUUGAGAUAUGGAAGAUGAAGUCAUUUCCUGUUUUGUUAAUUCCAGCAUCAAAGAAAUAAGUAGGAAUAUAUAAUACUAUAGUAGUAGUGGUAAGGAUGAUAACUCCUGGCUUGAUGAGUGUCUCUUACUUUUGUGUGUGAUAAUGUUGUAAUUUAAGAACUUGUCCAUAUCUGACUCACAGAAAAGUAAAGGAAAAAAAAACACUGGGAGUCACAUUUGUUGUGAUACCUGCAACUGUAGAUAAAUGUCUCAUCUUUGGCACUCUUUUCACCAACUUUCUACGUUCUUUUGUCCACCGAUAUUUGGGUUCAGUGAAUGUGACUCCCCCACCGUCUCCCCUUCCGUGUCUCUUGCUGUCCGUAUGUGUAUGUGCAGUGCUGAAAACCUGUCAGUAAAUCAAUUUAAAUGCCUGUUUAUUUUGUUUUGUUUUGAGUGUGAUGUUAUGAAGGAGUAAACAUUGCAUUGCAUAACUUAUAUUAUUAUAUUAUACCCACUGGAACAUUAUGUAAUUACCGGUGCGGUGUGAGGACAUGGAUUGUUACAGAGAGAGACCACUGUCAACAAAAUUCAUAAUAAAAUCAAUAUAUGACGUC